AUGUUUGGAUUUUACUACUAUGUUAUAAAUCCUUCAUUUUGAUUCUUCAUUUGAAAAUUAAUAGACUUUCAGCGACAAAAGGAUUGAAAAAUAUUACAUCGAACAAUGCAUCUGGAAGUGGAUUCCACUUGGGCUAUCCUGCUUGCAGUAGUAUUAGGUGUUUUGGGGAGUCUAAAAUGGAUUCUAAAGAAAGUUAACUGGUGGCUUUAUGAAACCAAACUCGGUGAAAUUCAGUAUUCGCUGCCUCCAGGCGAUUUAGGUUGGCCUUUCAUUGGCAACAUGUGGUCCUUUCUUAAAGCUUUUAAGUCCACUGACCCAGAUUCUUUCAUGCGCAACUUCGUCGCCAGAUAUGGAGGUGGUGGAGUAUACAAGGCCUUGAUGUUUGGAAAUCCUAGCGUGUUGGUGACAACACCAGAAACAUGCAGAAAAGUAUUAACAGAUGAUGAAGCAUUUCAACCAGGUUGGCCAAAAUCCACCGCAGAUUUGAUUGGAAAGAAAUCCUUUGUAUCCAUUUCUUAUGAAGAGCACAAGCGUCUUCGACGACUUACUUCUGCUCCAGUAAAUGGUCAUGAAGCUCUGUCCCAAUAUAUAUUAUACAUUGAAGAAAAUGUAAUAUCUGCGCUGGAUGAAUGGGCUUCUAUGGGAGAGAUUGAGUUCUUGACUCAAUUAAGAAAGCUUACUUUCAAGAUCAUUGUGCACAUCUUCCUCGGCUCUGAAAGUGUUUCAGUCAUGGAGGCUUUGGAAAAGGAGUAUACUUCACUUAAUUAUGGGGUCAGAUCUAUGGCAAUCAAUCUUCCAGGAUUUGCUUACCAUAAAGCGCUUAAGGCACGCAAGAAUUUGGUGGCUGUAUUCCAAUCAGUAGUGAAUGAACGCAGAAAUCAAAGGAUGGACGGACGUAGACUUGUGUCCUCAAAGAAGAAAGACAUGAUGGAUGCUUUGCUAGAUGUUGAAGAUGAAAAAGGUCAAAAAUUAAGCGAUGAAGAAAUUAUUGAUAUUCUAUUGAUGUACCUGAAUGCAGGUCAUGAAUCUUCUGGACAUAUUACAAUGUGGGCUACAAUUUUUCUCCAAGCACACCCGGAAUAUCUUAAAAAGGCUAAGAAAGAGCAAGAGGAGAUCCUUAAAAGGAGGCCACCAACUCAGAAAGGACUGACGCUUAAAGAAACUCGAGAGAUGAUUUAUCUUUCCCAGGUGAUCGAUGAAACUCUUCGAUUGGUAACAUUCUCACUUACGGUUUUUCGAGAGGCAAAAGCAGAUAUCAAUUUGGAUGGAUAUAUAAUCCCCAAGGGUUGGAAAGUUCUAACGUGGUUCAGAAGCGUUCAUUUGGAUCCUGAAAUCUAUCCAAAUCCAACGGAAUUUUAUCCUUCACGAUGGGAUAAUCACACUGCAAAAGCAGGAACUUUCCUUCCCUUCGGAGCAGGAAGUAGGUUGUGCCCUGGAAAUGACCUGGCUAAGCUUGAAAUUUCUAUUUUUCUACACCAUUUCCUUCUUAACUAUCAGCUUGAGCGUCUCACUCCUGAAUCUAAGGUAAUGUACUUACCUCAUUCAAGACCAAAAGACAAUUGUUUGGCGAGAGUCAAGAAAAUUACUUCAGUAUCUAUGUAAGGAAAAUUGAGAGAAAAAUUGAAGCAUGUAUCUUGAUCCUUGAUGAAAAGAACAUAUGUGUUUGACAAACACAAGGGACAUUAGUUCCUGCUAUGUUUUAAGUUAUGCUUUGCCAGAAAGCAAAAUUAAAUAAAUAAUAAGGAAUAUUAGCUUGGCUUUCUUAUUUAA